AUGGUCGAUGAUGGUAUCGUCGUGCCGUUGGUGGGCGCCUUACAAGCUUGCGUCUCCGUUCUGCUGACCAUGAGCUACGGGGUCGCAGCGCAAAGGCUACGAUUAAUUCAGGAGCACUCAAUCACUGAUAUGGCUGGACUAGGAGUGAAGCUGUUUCUCCCCGCUUUAAUCAUCAUCAAUCUAGGCGAACAGCUGCAAUUAGGAAAUGCGUUGAACUACAUCCCCGUUCUCAUUUGGUCCAUUCUUUACACCAGUGUCUCGAUUGGCCUAGCAUAUUUCGUCUCCAAGGGACUGAAGCUCCCGCACUGGGUGACGCCUGCCUGCGCAUUCAACAACACGACAUCCCUGCCGCUCCUCUUGCUGCAAUCGCUGGAAAGCGUGGGCAGUCUAAAGCCGCUUAUUAAGGACGGUGACACCGAGUCUGAGGCUAUUUCUCGUGCCCAGAGCUACUUUCUACUCUGCGCUGUAGUUAGUAAAACGAUCGGUUACGUCGUUGGUCCCAAGCUACUCCAGCACGGCAACGAGUCCACCGAUUCGGAGAAUCAAGAAGCAGACGACACAGAUCCCGAAACGCGAAAUGGCACCGCUGAACACCACGUCGACGAGGAGACAUCCCUUCUUCCCCAGCGAGCGCACAAAGCCCGCCGCAACAUCUCCAACAGUAUCCGGCACGGAACCCAGCGCAUUUCAUCCAUGUUCCCCAAGCGCAUCCGACAGAGACUUAUGGCCCCGUUUGAGUCCCCCUUUGCCGAUGUGGCGAUCGGCUGUACCGUGAUCGGUGUGGUUCUGGGUCUGGUGCCGCAGUUGCAUAAAGCGUUCUUCAAUAAAUACGAGGACGGCGGGAUCUUCAACGCUUGGCUGACGUCGAGUGUCAAGAAUAUUGGCAAGUUGUUCACGACGUUCCAGAUCUUUGUGGUGGGAUGUAAGCUGGGCGUCAGCUUUGAGAAGAUGAAAACUAGUGGCGAUUCGGGGCGAAUACCUCUGGAGGCGAUUGGGACGAUUUUUCUCGUUCGUUUAGUGAUCUGGCCUGCACUCAGUAUCUCCGUUAUAUAUGGCUUGGCUAAGAAUACCAAUAUUGUGUUAACUGAUCCUAUUCUCUGGUUCAGUUUGAUGCUCAUGCCGGCUGGACCUCCGGCAUUGGUGAUAUCCGGAUUGGCCGAGUUGGCUCAGAUUUCGGAGCUGGAGAAGAUGGCUAUUGCCAAAUCGUUGUCUGCGAUGUACGUUUUAUCGCCGUUUGUAUGCUUCAGCAUCACGGGCGCUCUAAAAGCAUCUCAAGCGGCACUGGAGCAGAGGAACUCCGCAUAG